AUGUGUCGCCAGAAUUAUACAUUCGCGCUUGUCAAUGAUUUGUUUAUGGCGCAUCCAGGUAUCAAAACAGUUUAUGACAAAUCGCGCCUUGAACAGUUACAAGAACAUUCGGCGAGCCAGUACUUCAGUGCAAAAAAACAGUUCCAACAACGCAUGGAUGAGCAAUACCCGGAAACAAAGGAAUUUUGCCCAGACUUUAACGCCUAA